UGCCACGCCAGCCGAGGACAGGGGAGAGUGAGAGGGCGAGCCUGGGGAGGUUCAGGCAGCCUGCAAGGAUAGGAGGCAAGGCAGGACCCUUUCAGCCUCCCCCUGUGGACUUGCACACACCCCAGUUUGCUGCAGUGCUGUGAUUGCAAUGUGUGGAAAGCAGCCAGGGAGGCUUGCGUUUGCUGCCCAGCUCCUGUGUGUGUGUGUGUUGUAACCCUCCCUCCCCCUUGCUCCAGGUUCAGUCGAGCCUCGGCUUCCUGCCUGGGUGUGGACUCGAACUGAUUUCUUCCAGCCAGCUCCCCUCCACAGCUGCUGUUGUCUGUUUGCGCCUCAUCCCACUUACUGGAUUAAAACAUUAAUUAAAACAAGAAACAAAGACCGGCGGCUUAGUGUAACGAAGCUUCAUCAACCGGGAGGCAGGCAGAUAGAGAAGAAGGAAAUUGCAGCCAUGAAUAAUUGAGUGUAUUUUACCCGGCAGCCAGAGGGAACUCCUUCCCAUACGGAUUAAAAGAAGUUUACCCGCACCCUCCCAUCCACCCGCAGGCUGUGCCGGGGCUGCAGGAGACGUUGGGGACAGAGAGAGAGAGAGAACGGAGAGCCAAAGGGAGUGUCCGGAUCCAGCUGGAGAUUCUUUUUUCUAAUAAGCAAGCAAGUUUGAAGAAAGUCUCACCGUUCCCCUCCCUUUCCUGGGUAUAACCGAAGCAAUGCAGGGAGAUGGAAUAGAAAUGGAUCCCAGCAAGCAGCCCGGAGCAGGAAUACAAUGGAAGCAGCAGCUCCUGCGACCUCACAGCCAAGACAACUGAUAGCCUUUAAACCCCAGCAGCUGUUUGAACACGCUCCUGUGCAGAACGGGCGUCGGGGGAGAAAGAAGAGCAACUUUUUCUUUUAAUCCCGGCUCUUUCCCACCCGCCCUUCUCUGGGUUCCGGACUAGAGCAAGCUGUCUCUCCCUGUAUCCUUCUCUGUGUGUGUGUGUUUCCUUGCUACUGCUCGCCACUUACUCCUUGAGCCGCUGACUGGCUGGGAACUUUCUCCACCCGUGGGCAACUUGGGCAACCUGUCAUCAGGUUGGGUUUUUCAGCUCGGAGACGGUGGAGGUUUGACUGGAGCGUCCGCGUCCCCCUUCCCCGAGAGAUCGACAUCAGCUGAAUUGCACCGAGACAAGUCUACAAUAGCAAACGGAGGUGUAGAAAGCUUUGCUGUGACAAACGGGGGGCCCCCUACCUUCUCCGAAGCAGCUGGGAACCCAUCUCCUGGGGCUUCCUACCUUGACAAACCGUGUGUGUGCGGGGACAGGCCCAGAGAAAGUCACUCGGCCCUUGAACUGGAGCGGGGUGGGGGGCUUGUGUUAAAUUGUUUUAUUUCGGUGGGUGCAGAGGUUCGUCCUGGUAGCAAGGGAGCUGUGGCAGCGCAGAUAGAAAAAGAAGCUGGCCUCUGACGUGAGCGUGUCGUUUCUGGGAUAUAUUUAUGAGCCGAAGAGAGGACAUUUAAACUCGUGCCUCUGUCCAGUUCACACACACAUCACAUGCAAAAACCCCCUACUGCCCAACAUCGGAGCAAAAGGAGGACCCGAGAAUUAGCAGCCAGCAGCCCACUUUUCACAUUGCCUGUCAAAGUUAGAGACAGGAACCUGACCCCUGUGUGUAUGCAAGACAUUGGAUAAAAACUGUUCACCUCGCCUCCUACAAGGUCAUUUCAGCAACUUUGUCUGACUUUGAACCUAUAGAUCCUUUUCAAACCUGAAGCAGCUGAGCAACCUUUGGACUCCUUCCGUUUCAGUUUAGCGGAAAUUUUCAAUCUUUUUGUGAUUCUUUGGGGGAACAUUGGAUGUAAUUACAAUGUGGUAACUUCCCAAGGACAAAUAUUGAAGGGAUUAUAUCGACUUGAGUAUUUAUUUACCUGCAGCAUCUGUCUGGCCACUUGCUGCUCUCAGCUUCCACCCACUGUGGCCGUUCAACAUCCAGGUCCUGGUCGCUGCUCUCACCAGCUCGCUCAUCAUUUGAAGUUUCUGCUGUGGGAGUUGCUGUCCAAUGUUUCUGUAGUUCCACACUCGGCUGAAUCUUCCAGUCUGGUCGAAGGCACCUCCAUUCAGUGCUCACUCCAUCGCACAGGAUUGUUCUUUCUGUCUUGCUGCUGAUUUGUGAAGCCCAACAGACCCACAUUGUGUUUUCUGCAGCUGUCUCCACUGUGCCAAGCUAGUUCCAAUGGUGAUCACCUCUGCCAGUGAAGUUGAACAGUCUCCCCCCAGCAUGCUGGCUGCCCUGCAGUCAGAAUGGAUUAAGCAGGAUCCCAUUUGUUACCUGCCUGCCACCCACUGCAGCAAGAAGGCCUCUCGAAGUGGGACCAGCUCAGGAUGCAAGCCCCCCUCCAAACACUGCUUGCCUGCCUCAUUUGGCUUCACCCCCGCUGAACCCAGCAUGUCCAACCAACAUGGCCACCUGCCUCUUGGCAACGUGCAGCCCAUGUGUGAACUGCAGCAGGUCCGGCAGGGACAUCACUGGGGAGUGACCGCUGGCCGGGCACCCAACUCUGACCACCAGAGAGGCAACCACAGUGAGCGGAUGCUAUCGGACAUGACGAUCUUACAAAGGAGGAUCCCAGUUAGUUUUCGUGAUCCUGGGACAGCGCCUCUGAGAAAACUCUCGGUGGAUUUGAUAAAGACGUACAAGCACAUUAAUGAGGUGUACUAUGCCAAGAAAAAGCGUCGCGCCCAACACGUUCCCCCAGACGACUCCAGCAACAAGAAGGAGAGGAAGAUUUACAAUGACGGCUACGAUGAUGAUAACUAUGAUUACAUUGUGAAGAAUGGGGAGAAGUGGAUGGAGCGAUAUGAGAUUGACUCCCUGAUUGGGAAGGGCUCAUUUGGGCAGGUAGUGAAGGCCUACGAUCACCAUGAGCAGGAAUGGGUGGCCAUCAAGAUCAUCAAGAACAAGAAAGCCUUCCUGAACCAGGCCCAGAUUGAAUUGCGCCUUCUGGAGCUCAUGAACAAACAUGACACCGAGAUGAAGUAUUACAUCGUUCACUUGAAGCGGCAUUUCAUGUUCCGGAACCAUCUGUGCUUGGUCUUUGAGCUGCUCUCCUACAACCUGUACGACCUGCUGAGAAACACCAACUUCCGCGGGGUCUCCCUGAACCUGACUCGCAAGUUUGCCCAGCAGAUGUGUACAGCCCUGCUGUUCCUGGCCACCCCUGAGCUCAGUAUCAUCCACUGUGACCUGAAGCCUGAGAACAUCCUCCUGUGUAACCCCAAGCGCAGUGCCAUCAAAAUCGUCGACUUUGGCAGCUCCUGUCAGCUAGGACAAAGGAUUUACCAAUAUAUCCAGAGUCGUUUCUAUCGCUCCCCUGAAGUGCUGCUUGGCAUGCCGUAUGACCUGGCCAUUGACAUGUGGUCACUGGGCUGUAUCCUGGUGGAAAUGCACACCGGAGAGCCUCUCUUCAGUGGGUCGAAUGAGGUGGAUCAGAUGAAUAAGAUUGUGGAGGUAGUGGGGAUUCCACCUAGUCACAUGCUGGAACAGGCACCCAAAGCCCGCAAGUACUUUGAGAAGCUCUCUGACGGGCUGUGGGCUGUCAAAAAAGUGAAGGAUGUGAAGAAGGAAUAUAAAGCAGCUGCUUCCCGCAAACUCCACAACAUCAUUGGCGUCGAGACGGGCGGACCCAAUGGGCGACGGGCAGGUGAACCAGGGCACACGCCAGCCGAGUAUUUGAAGUUCAAGGACUUGAUUCUGAGGAUGCUGGACUAUGAUCCCAAAACACGAAUCACCCCUUUCUAUGCACUUCAACACAACUUCUUCAAGAAGACCUUGGAUGAAGGGACAAACACAAGUAACAGCAUCUCAACCAGCCCCUCCGUGGAGCACAGUCAGUCAGCAAGCACUGCCAGCUCUUUGUCCAGCUCAGGUGGUUCCAGUGGGUCUUCAAGUGACAACCCGAAUCAACGGUACACCAGCCGCUACUGCAAUGGCACCGAAGCUCAAACAGACUAUGAAAUGCACAGUCCACAGGUUCCACGGCCACCUUCCGUGCACCAUCCACUGUGGCUGUGGAACAGUGGCCACGCUCCAGUCAGCAGCAGCAGCAGCAACCUGUACCCAGCACUGCCCCCUCACCCCGUCACUGGGCUACCACCACCACCACAGCAGCAGCAGCAGCACCUCCAAGGUAACGAGGAGCACCACCUGUACCGCCACGGGACUGCCAGAGUGCCAAUGCCACUACAGCAGCGCCAUUACCAUCACCACCACCAACACCAUCGCCAGCUGCUGCCUGGCUCCCCGACCCUGGCACCUGAGGCUGCCUCUUCAGCUCACGCCGCCUUCCUCCUCCUCUCUCCCCAGAGUCCGGACUCCACCCAGCGAGGACCUUCAGGCUUGCACCUUCGGACUAGGACCGCCUUACCUGGGCACGGCCUUUACCCUCCUGCAGUGCCACAGGGCCCUGACACUGAGAGCCCACCGAGGCCUCCGAACCAGCAUCGCUACAGGCCCGAGCCAGACAGCACGCCCAUGAUGGGCUUCUGCCCACCACAAAGCUCCGCAGCCACGUCCUGAUGAUAACUUGACACAGACAGGAAGGAAAAAUCUAUAUAUUAUAUACAGACGGAAAUUAAUAAAAGCCAUAACGUUGAUCAAGUGCUGCAUGGGUCAGGGGUGGGAGCGGGGUGGAUCCCUGAGUAUUUCAUUGCAACUUUCUAAUCUGAGCUCAACUGUAAUUGUAAAAUUGUUUUAUUUAUUUAAUAGUCUGUGCCAGAGCUUCAAAGGGCUGUUUUGUUUUUUUAUGAGCUUGAGGUAAUGGUGGAGUUCUGAUCUCAAUGUCUCCAGGAGCAGUUUCCUUUUGCGUCUCCCUCACUCACUUCACCCCCAAUAUUUCUCUCUCUCUCUUCCCCCACCCCCCGUCUUCCCUCAGGCUCCAGCUCACUCCACCUUGUCCACGAUCCUGCGCUUUAACACUCUGCCCCCAUUUUCUGAUUCCAUUGUUAGUUUUGUAAAUACUGAUGUGAGGUGACCUGAUUAAUGUGGUAAAGAAAGAAAGACGAGCUUCUGGGAUCCUUUCGCCUCCCUCUCCCUUCCUGAGUAAUCAGCCAGCCAGAGUCUGCGCAUUCUCUCUGUCCCUCAUUCCACCUUGCCCUUCUGUUUGUCCCUUGCUCCCUGGUCUCUGUUUCCCCUCAGUCUUUCUAUGGCCUUUCUUUUCUGUGAACCUCUCUGUGGCAUAUAUUCCUCUUCCCGCACAUUACACUGAUUUCUGGUUCCUUUGGAAGAAUCAAUGUGGUGUACACGUGAGAGAUCGGGGAGUUCCUGGUGUGACACAUCUUGACUUGUCUGGAGACUGCUGAGUGUCACAUUCUCUGUUUUCCCCCUUCCUUCCUAGUUUGAGGUGUGGGGGAAAAGUGGGGAAGACUUAGAAUAACAAUGUAGUGUUCAGUAUUAAUGGCACCCAGCCAUCUCUGGUCUCUAUUCCACACACACGGUUUGUGAUUGUAUCUGAGAAAAAGACUCUGGGAGAGAUGGAGUUUCAAAUUACAAUAGGAGAGACGUGAGAAAGCAUUAAUUUCAGAGCAUAGUGACAAUUAGCUUGUCUUUUUUUUAAUUUAUUGCACCAAAGACUGUCUCGAGAUAUCAUUGGGAAAUGUCUGAAGAGGUGGGGAGGGUGGGGAUGGGUUAAUGUGUACAGGAUUUUAGAUUUGUCUUUUAAAAUGUCUUUUUUUUCCCUAACACUUUGUUUUAAAAAUAUAUAAAAUUGCCAGUGAUUGUAUAUCUUGUCAGCCAUUGCUCAUGGACCCAGUCCAUCUGAUUUGAGAGAACGUGUGACUGUGCUUGUGUGUCUGAGGCAGGCUGGCUAUGUGUGUGU